AUGGAGUUGCCCACGCAUCGUGAUUUUCCUGUCGUUUCGAAUAACUUCUCUCGACCGCCGCUUACCAAUGAACCGCUGGUGGAUUCGUUGGCUCAAAACUCGGGGAGUCGGAAGACUACAACAGAUCAUUCAGAACCUGGUAAGAAACACGCCACGCCAACAAACCCUAAUACGGCUAGGGUUUCCUACUCUUCGAAACUCAAGGACGCCGCUUCCAAGCCUCCUGACGUAUUAGCACAGGACUUUUGCUCUCUACAUCCGAUUAAGAAAAACAACAUUCUCACGUUUGACAUUCCAGAUGAACUUUACCAAGAACAACUACAGAGUUUCAAAUUUGCGCUUCAUGCAAGGCUCAUUUUGCAAAAAGGGGAUUCGCCAAGAGCCGCGAAGGAUAUUCAAACGGAACUUCAAUCCAUCUGGAACAUCGCUGACCCAUGGCAGGUGAUACCUAUUGGCAAGGGAUUUUUUACACUAAAAUUCUCUGGGGAAAGAGAUAUGGCGCUGGCUAAAUCAAAAGCUUUCUGGAAGUUAAGAACGGGAAUUUUCAAAAUUCGAGAAUGGACACCUCUCUUCAAUCCCUACAAGGAAUCUGCUGCGUUAUCACAAGUGUGGAUGCGGAUUUAUUAUCUACCUCAUGAGAUAUGGCAUCCGGAGGUUAUAUCGGGAAUAGCACGAUCGGUUGGAUCGCCGAUCAAAAUUGAUGGCUCAACCUUUCUGGGAUCGGUGGGCCACUUCGCUAGAGUCCUUAUGGAGAUUGACAUGACGAAGGAAAUUACUUACUCUCUAAAAGUGAAUCGGGGUUCGACCUCCUUUGAUAUCGAAUUUGUUUAUGAAAAUCUUCCGUACUUCUGUGGGAUAUGCAGAAAAGUGGGUCACUCUUCAGACAAAUGCAGGAACAAUAAGGAUCAAAAAGUGAAUCAGGCUUUGGAAGAUAAGCACAAGGAUCUUGCUGGGAAGGAGAAUAAGAACACUGUCGUGACAGAACGAAAUAAGGAGUAUAAGACUAGUGGGAAGACAUGGCAGAGUGCAAAGGCUCCGGAAGUUUUAACAAAAAACUCUUUCGAAGCUCUUGAAUUGGUGGAGUCGGAGAAUACUACUCUAGAAGGCAAGAAUAAGGGAGAUGCACCCGAAAAAAUUCAUGAAGUGCAAACUAAGGAGGUUAGUACCUUCACUGGAGUGGACAAUGAACAACAAGACUUGGUCGAGGGUCUGGUAACCAGCGAUGAGGAGGAAGAAGAACAGCCAUCGCCAAAAUUGGAUACUGGGAAGGGUAUGACGGAAUCCCAAUUUGUGGACGCUGUCAGUAACCUUGUUAAUGAAGAGAUGGAAUGGGUCAAAGAGAAAGAAAAAAUCUCUGCAGCAAAAAAGAUUGAAGCUACAAAGUUUCAAGCGAAGAUGGAGACAGCUAUUGGUAAAACUACGGAGCAGGCCCCCAUUAAAAGAGUUCUGCGUUCUACUGCCAAACAAGUUCCCAUAGGCAAGGAAUUGACAAAGAAUAAGAAGAAUAAAGCUGCUGAAUCUUGUAAGAGUCGGACCAAGCAGGAGUCGAGUAAGCUUGGGAUCGAUAUUAUUAAUGAACAGUUAAGCUUGGCUCAUGCAGCAGGGAGGAAUCCUCGGGAUUUUGUGAUUGACUCCUCCAAUAGCCCACACAUGCGCACUAUGUCAAAUGUUGCUAAUCAAAGUUGGGCUGAUGAAGUCGAGAAUGAGGAUCUUUCCUCAGCAACGACAUCCAGUUUUCAAUGA